UGUUUUACAUCACACGACGUAACCCCAAAAAACCACUCUCUCUUCGGACUACGGUCUGGGCGAGGUGGCAAAUGUAAAAGUGCAGCUGCCAAAAAAAAUCCAGAUUACGAAAACCUUCGAAAUUAACAACUCCGCACUAAAGUUGGCCUCGCGUGUGUUUCUGUGAUAGCCCGAAACAAGUGUAACAAAAAUAAAAAUCGGUAUGUCGGACCUGGAGCAGAGCGUCGCAGAGCUGGAGAUCAGCGAGGAGACCGGCCAGAAGAAGAAGCAGCUCACCCACAAGGAAAAAAAGAAGCUGAAGAAGCAGCAGGAGUAUGAGCGGACGAUCGAGAUGAUGACCAAGCACGGCGGCCAGGGUCACAGCGAGCUCGAGUCGAAUUUUACCGUCUCGCACAGCCAGAACCAGAGUCGCAACACGCAACAGCUCGAGAACGCCAUAGACAUCAAGGUCGACAAUUUCAGCAUCGCUGCCAAGGGCAAGGAGCUCUUCACCAAUGCGAGCCUUUUGAUCGCUCAGGGCAGGCGCUACGGUCUCGUCGGGCCCAACGGUCAUGGGAAAACGACACUUCUGCGUCACAUAGCGUUGAGAAAAUUCAACAUCCCACCCAACAUAGACAUUCUGUACUGCGAGCAAGAAGUUGUGGCGGAUAAUACGCCAGCUGUUGAAGUUGUUCUAAAGGCGGAUGUCAAAUGCAACGAAUUGAAAGAGGAGUGCAAAAAAUUGGAGGAUCAGAUCGAAAAAGGCGACACUACGGUACAAGACAGAUUACAAGAGGUUUACGAAGAGUUGAAGGCCAUUGGUGCUGACUCUGCAGAGCCCAGAGCACGCAGGAUCCUUGCAGGUUUAGGAUUCAGCAAAGAAAUGCAAGGCAGAGCUACCAAGAAUUUUUCUGGUGGCUGGCGUAUGCGCGUUUCCCUAGCUAGAGCAUUAUUUUUAGAGCCUACAUUGUUAUUGUUGGAUGAACCUACGAAUCAUCUAGAUUUGAACGCUGUUAUUUGGUUGGACAACUACUUGCAAGGAUGGAAAAAGACUUUGCUUAUUGUGUCUCACGACCAAAGUUUCUUAGAUAAUGUUUGUACAGAUAUUAUUCACUUGGAUCAGCAGAAAUUAUUUUACUACAAGGGCAAUUACAGUAUGUUCAAAAAGAUGUUCAUACAAAAGUGCAAAGAAAUGCUUAAAGCAUACGAGCAGCAAGAAAAAAGGUUGAAAAGCUUAAAGUCGCAUGGUCAAAGUAAAAAGCAGGCAGAGAAAAAACAAAAGGAAACUCUUACACGCAAACAAGAAAAAAAUAAAACAAAAUUGCAGAAGCAGGAGGAAGAUACGGGACCAGCUGAGCUUUUGCAAAAACCAAAGGAAUAUAUUGUCAAGUUUAGUUUUCCAGAUCCUCCGCCACUUCAACCUCCUAUUCUUGGUCUUCAAAAUGUUACAUUUGCUUUUGAAGGUCAUAAGCCACUUUUUAUCGACGUUGAUUUUGGCAUAGAUCUCAGCUCCCGUGUUGCAAUUGUUGGCCCGAAUGGUGUUGGCAAAACCACAUUUUUGAAAUUAUUGUUAGGCGAAUUGAGCCCUCUUAAAGGCGAACUUAUUAAAAACCACAGACUGAGAAUAGGAAGGUUCGACCAGCACUCUGGAGAACAUCUCACAGCUGAAGAGAGUCCAACCGAGUAUCUGAUGCGAUUGUUCGACCUUCCGUACGAAAAGGCAAGAAAGCAGUUGGGAACUUUUGGCCUUAGCGGACACGCACACACCAUCAAGAUGAAAGAUCUUUCUGGUGGACAAAAAGCAAGAGUCGCUAUGGCUGAACUUUGCUUAAACGCUCCAGAUGUGUUGAUUCUCGACGAACCUACCAACAAUUUGGACUUGGAAUCUAUUGAUGCUCUAGGUGAAGCCAUAACUAGGUAUAAGGGUGGUGUUAUAAUUGUGUCUCACGACGAACGCCUCAUUAGGGACACUGAAUGUUGUUUGUACGUGAUUGAAAAUCAAACCAUCAACGAGAUUGACGGUGACUUUGAUGACUACAGAAAAGAACUACUUGAGAGUUUGGGAGAAAUCGUUAAUAAUCCAAGUAUAGCUGCCAAUGCAGCUGUCCUUCAGGAUUAACCUGUAUAAAUACAGUGAAGAUUGUUGUCAUUGAAAUUUUGAAAAGUAACAAAAACAAUCAAUAUUUUAACACAUACGAGUAUCUUAUUAAUUAGGAAGAAAUAAAUUUACACAAUCUUCGUGUUUGUACAUAACUAACUCGGUCUUUAUAUUUAUAUAAUAAAUUUUAAAAUAAAACUCAAUUUAUAUUAAUAAAUCAAGUUG